UGCAGUGUGCUCAGAAUGACACAGCCCAGUACAGUGUUGAGCAUUUUUGCCAUGUUUCUUCACACCACAUUUGGGGAAAGUGGUUGCACCUCAGCAGACGGUGAUGGGACUCUUGGAGACGAUGAACCAGACAAUUUUGACAUUGAUUGCUUCAGCCAGCUGGACAUUAAGGACCCCUUUAGCAGCCUGACCUGCAAUUUUACUGAGCUGCCUCCUCACAACACUAACUAUACCCUGUCUCUGUGUACCAAGGAAGACAACAAGUACAUGUGCAACAACAUGAAGAAACAGGAAGAUGCGUACUUCUUACAGUUCACUGAUAUACUCUCAAAUAGAGACCUUUGUGUGUUCUCUGAGACAAAGAGAAGAGUCUGCAGGAGUCUGGUUGUGACUCACAUUGUUAAGCCGGAAGUGCCAUUUGCUAUAAACAUCACUUAUCAAAGGGAGGCAAAUGAAUAUCUUAUUCGUUACCGUACACCACACUCAGGGAAGAAAUACCUAGAGGGCAAAUUAAUGCACCAAACGGCCUAUCGGCAGAAAGAAGGUACUUGGAAGACAAUAGAAUCGCCACACGAUCACGUAAGAUUGUUGGGACAAAAUCUCGAAAAUAAUGCUUCGUAUGAGGUGAAAGUACGUUCCCAGCCCAACGGAAAAUUUUUUAAGGGCACAUGGAGUGAGUGGAGCACUUCCAAGAGCUUCAGGACAGCAAGAGAGCAGCACCCCACAGAGAGCUAUAGCAGCGUGAUCGUGAUUAUACUCUCCAUCCUGGGAUUCAUGCUGUGCAUUGUUAUGAUUGCACUGAUCAUAAUUUUUUGGGAAAACAGGAUCAAGCCUACUGUAUGGCCAAACCUUCCUGAUCAUAAAAAAACACUGGAGAAACUAUGCAAGAAGCCAAAAAAUAAUUUUGAUAUAAGCUUUAACCCAGAGAGUUUUGGUUAUGUUCAUAUCCAUAAAGUGGACGGUAUUCAGGCAAAAGCUGAACUGGAAAAUUUUCUGCAGCCAUCAAUUGCUCAAGAGACAAGUCUUCCAGAAAAAUUCAGGAAGGGAUCAGACCUGAAGAUGAUACCUGCGAUGACAGACAAAAGCAACCUAAAUCUGUCUGUGACUUAUGGAGGCCUCUGGCCGGCUGAGGCCCCGCACAGACUCCUGGGCACAAGCCAGUUUGCAGUCACGGAAGGAAACUGCAGCUCCAGCACGUAUGAGGUGUGCCACGGCAACAGCGUGCCCCUGCACAACAGCGAAGGUUCCAACCUUUCCUCUGCUCCUCCCCUGGAUCCCUCUGGCCAGCCCAGUCCAGAGCCCCCAGAUGAUGACACUGUAUCCCAGAUGCUGCCUAACAGUGAAAUGAGAUCACCAAACAACGAGGAAGCCUAUGUAACAAUGUCCAGCUUCUACAAAAUUCAGUAA